AGUUUCUCUCAAAACAAUCUCACCCUAAACGCACUCACCUCACUCUCUGAAAUCAUUUUCUUCCUCUCCCAGCUGUCUGCCAGCUGUGCUCUCCUCCUACCGAGCUGCCGCAUUCCCUUCUCCGCCGUCGUCUCCUUCACUUCGCCGGCACAAGCUCGUCCGUUUUCGCUUUCCUCGCUCUUGCCUUCGUUGCCGUCGCAAUCAUCACCUUCCGGCCACUUUGUAGACGUUGUCGUCGCUGUCUCCCUCCCGUCAACUCCUCCCUCUCAGAAGCCUUGCAAUCGCCGACGUCGCCUCUCAAACUGCAAUUCGAAAGGUUAUUAUUCUCUUUUGGGCAAGUUUUGUGGAUUGGUGAUUCCUAGUUCGCUGAUUGCCAUUGAUCAUUGGUCGCCGGAGGUGAAGGGGCAGGGGAUGGUUUGUUUUGCACAUCUUGAAAAAAAUGUUGCUUCUGAGAUUGGUUCAUAUGCGGAUGUGAUUCUUGAUGCUUGUUGCCAGAAUAUUGGAGAAGCUAAUUAGAAUUUUUUUUUGUUUAUUAUUUAUGGAGCCAAAAAAUGAGCAGCCAAAUUCUUCAAAGAAAGCAAAGGAUCUGAAUAUUGAGGGAUACCCAGUUGGGGGUCUUUCCAUUGGAGGCCAUGAAACUUGCAUCAUGUUUCCCACUCUUAAAGUAGCUUUCGACAUUGGUCGCUGCCCACCUCGCGCCGUUUCCCAAGACUUUCUGUUGAUCUCCCAUGCGCACAUGGAUCACAUAGGAGGACUACCGAUGUAUGUUGCCACACGUGGCCUGUACCGUAUGAAGCCACCAACAAUUAUUGUACCAAUUUCAGUAAAAGAGGACGUAGAGAAACUCUUUGAAGUCCAUAGGAAAAUGGACCAUUCAGAGCUCAAGCACAACUUGAUUGGGUUAGAUGUAGGAGAGGAGUUUUAUUUGAGAAAAGAUCUCAAAGUAAAAGCAUUUCGGACUUACCAUGUUAUACCCAGCCAGGGUUAUAUACUGUACUAUGUAAGGCAGAAACUUAAACCAGAAUACAUUGGUCUUUCCGGAAAUGAAAUCAAGAAUUUGAAGUCUUCUGGUGUGGAGAUAACAUACACUUUGACAGAACCUGAGAUCGCAUUCACGGGAGACACCAUGUCAGAUUUCAUAGUUGAUGAAAAUAACACUGAUGUUUUGCGGGCUAGAAUUCUUGUCAUAGAGUGUACCUUCGUGAACAAUUCAAUCACUGUGGAGCAUGCCAAAGAUUAUGGACAUACACAUCUGUCGGAGAUAAUUGGUUAUGCAGAACGGUUUAAGAACAGAGCAAUCCUCUUGAUUCACUUUUCAGCACGUUACACCGUGGAGGAAAUUGAAGAAGCUGUAACUGGUUUGCCACCCCCUCUAGCUGGUCGAACUUUUGCACUUACCGAAGGUUUCUGACAAGAAGUUGGGAGUUUGGUUCAAUACACGAGUGACCAAUGUGGCCACAAGAUUGUUGUUUAGGCGUUAACUGCUUUGGAAUCUUAGCGGAAAUUGCAACCUUUACUAUGUAUACCAUUUUAACCCCAAUUUUCGCAUCACGCCACAUCCACAACCACCAUUGUAGGUGCAAUUUAAAACCAUCCAGCCGCUUUUUUAGCAAGUGGUCAUAGGCAAACUGCACAUUGUCAUUGAUGGAAAAUGUCGAGCAGUGAGCAAAUUAGGCUGUGCAGGGAGCACAAAUUUUUAAAAGGUACCCUCACACUACGACACAAAAUAUAUGUAUUUAGCAUUUUGUUAUAGAUAUUAAAC